AUGUUUGACUUCCUUGUGUUGAUCGGUGCGCACCUUCGUCAUCUCACCUGCGACGGAUAUGACAUGGAGAGGCAUCCAGAGCUGCUCGUAGUGUCCGCCGAGUCGCUCUUGUCCCUCGAGGUUUCGUUUAUUCACAAAGCUUCGCUCGAUCUCACGACCGCUGUCAACUUGCGUGUCCUGGCCCUGGUCGAGGUUGCCAUUGGAUCGUGGCUAUUCCAUCGGGAAACACCUGUCAAUGUCGACGACGCAUUGAAUAGCGUCGACCGCAUCCUCUCCGUAAAGCAGUUUCCUGCCCUCCAGAAAGUCACCUGUACCCUUUGUUGUACUGUCUCGUCUUCCAUCGAGGCGAUGGACGUCAUAUCCGAGGGCUCCUGGCUCAUACUGCUCUCAUCAAGGCUUCCAGCACUGCAUGCCAGUGGUUGCCUCUUGUAA